CGGUACAAUCAUCUUAUGUGUAUAUUACACAUUUGCUCCAAACUCUCUUCUCACAGACCCAUCUCUGUCCAUUGUCGCGGAUCAGUUCUGUCGACUCUACAGAUUCUUCCGCGGUUUUUCAAUUUUUGAAAGUCUCUCUUUUUGACUCUUCACCUUUUUUUUUACACCACAACGGUUAAAAAACUUACGACUUCUAUAAAUCCCGUGAAAAAAGUGGGAGAGAUUAAGGUGCGUUUCAUCGAUUGUGAUGCAGAGACGAGGUAGAUCGUCGGAAUUUCAUCGACCGGGUUUCAUUAGAUCGGAGACUCAUCGGAGACGUCGGCGUUGAAAAGGGUUUUGUCACGGAGAAGGUUCCCGAAUCUUCUUCUUCCUUCGGUUUGUCUUCUUCAAUCUCCGAUUCGCUUCUCAGGUGUGAACAGUCCAUUUAGUUUUUGUUUGGUGAUCUGAUCUUGGUUGGAUGUGAAAUGCAAAGAUCACGGAGAGCUCUUCUGGUUAGAAGAAGAGUUUCUGAGACUACUUCUAAUGGAAGGAAUCGCUUCUACAAAGUUUCAUUGUCUCUGGUUUUUCUCAUAUGGGGUCUUGUCUUCUUAUCUACAUUGUGGAUCAGUCAUGUAGAUGGUGACAAAGGUAGAUCUUUAGUGGAUGCAGUUGAAAAUGGUGAACCAGAUGAUGAAAGGGCAGAUGAGACAGCUAAGCCUGUUGAUGCACCAUCACUAGAGUCUGCCUCUGUUCAUUCUACUCCUGAUUUGAGUCUGGAUGUUGAUAUAGCUGCAGCCGGAGAAAUCAAAGGCUCCGAAACCAUCUUGAAGCAAAUAGAAGUCGAUAACACAAUCGUUAUCGCAGGAAACGUUACAGAAAGCAAAGACAAUGAGUCUAUGAAGGAAAGUGAGAUAAAUAAUAACACAGUUCCAGGGGAUGAUACAGAGACCACUGGUUCAAAGCUUGAUCAGCUAUCUCGUGCUGUUCCGCUUGGCCUUGAUGAGUUUAAGAGCAGAGCGUCUAUUUCUAGAGACAAAUCUUUGUCAGGCCAAGUCACUGGCGUUAUUCAUAGGAUGGAGCCUGGUGGGAAAGAGUACAAUUACGCAGCUGCUUCAAAAGGUGCAAAGGUCUUAUCUUCUAACAAGGAAGCAAAAGGAGCUUCAAGCAUCAUAUGCCGGGACAAAGACAAGUAUCUCCGAAACCCGUGUUCUACUGAAGGAAAGUUCGUUGUCAUAGAACUUUCAGAAGAAACGUUGGUGAACACAAUCAAGAUUGCAAAUUUCGAGCAUUACUCUUCCAAUCUGAAGGAUUUUGAGAUUUUGGGCACCUUGGUUUACCCGACUGAUACGUGGGUUCAUCUAGGGAACUUCACGGCUUUAAACAUGAAGCACGAGCAGAACUUUACACUUGUAGAUCCCAAAUGGGUGAGAUAUCUAAAGCUAAACUUGCUAAGCCAUUAUGGUUCAGAAUUCUAUUGCACCUUGAGUUUACUAGAAGUCUAUGGAGUGGACGCUGUGGAACGAAUGCUGGAGGAUUUGAUAUCAAUCCAAGACAAGAACAUAUUGAAACCCCAAGAAGGAGACAUUGAGCAGAAAGAGAAGAAGACAAUAAAAGCAAAAGAGUCAUUUGAAAGCGAUGAAGACAAGAGUAAACAGAAGGAGAAGGAACAAGAAGCCUCACCAGAGAAUGCGGUUGUGAAAGAUGAAGUAUCAAUUGAGAGAAGAAAGCUGCCAGAUCCGGUGGAAGAGAUAAAACAUCAACCAGGAAGCAGAAUGCCGGGGGACACUGUCCUGAAGAUACUGAUGCAGAAGAUAAGGUCGCUGGACGUAAGCUUAUCAGUUCUUGAGAGUUACUUGGAGGAGCGGAGCUCGAAAUACGGGAUGAUAUUCAAGGAGAUGGACGUGGAGGCGAACAAGAGAGAGAAGGAGGUGGAGACUAUGAGACUGGAGGUAGAAGGAAUGAAGGAGAGGGAAGAGAGUACGAAGAAGGAGGCGAUGGAGAUGAGGGAGUGGCGUAGGAGAGUGGAGACAGAGCUUGAGAAGGCUGAGAAUGAGAAAGGGAAAGUUAAGGAGAGGUUAGAGCAAGUGUUGGAAAGAAUGGAGUGGAUGGAGAAGAAAUGUGUGGUUGUGUUCACAAUCUGUGUCGGGUUUGGGGCUAUAGCAGUUGUAGCCGUGGUUCUUGGUAAGGGGAGAGGUCGAGCAGAGAAUCCAGGUGGCUUGGCUUGGCUUCUGUUAUUGAUAAGCUCCACAUUCGUUCUGUUCAUUUUGUCACUUUGAUGAGAGAAGAGUUCUCAGUUUUGGUCUUUUGUUUUCGUUUUUACUGUAGAGUUAAGUUGAGUCUUCUAUAUACCCAAUAAAACUAUAGAAGAUAACUAGAUAAAGUUAUUUCUGUGCCUAUGAGGUUUCAAAUAUGUACAAGAGUUUUGUCCGGUUCAAUGGAAGAUUAGUAUUGUUGUCCCCGAAA